CAAAAGGUAGAGUUGUCAGGAGUUACUAACUGGAGUCUGAUUGGCAAUUUGCUAGUCUUUGUAGUACUCACCGCACUGCUGCAGAGAUGGCUCCUGGGUUUCACUCUAGACACCAGAUCAGUGCAGUGCUGUUUGUUUUCCUGGCCUUGUUGAUCUUUGCUGAUGGUGGGAGGCUGCUUGUGGUGCCGAUGGAUGGAAGUCACUGGCUCAGCAUGCGUGCAGUGCUGGACGAGCUGAGGCACAAAGGGCAUGAGAUAGUCAUUGUUGCCCCUGAAAUAAAUCUACAUGUAAAAGCAUCCGAGAAUUAUGUCAUGAAAACAUAUCCGGUACCUUUCACAAAGACAGAGCUGGAGGGACAUUUUCUGACUUUUACUGAAGAGCUUUUUGAGGAACGACCUUUUCUGGAAAGAUUUGUUCGACUCCGUGAAAAGCUGAAGAACACCUCGACUCUGUUUUUAUCCACUUGCACACAUUUACUGUACAACAAAGAGUUGAUCCAAUAUCUAGAAGGGAGCAAAUUUGAAGCUGUCUUUACAGAUCCCAUGAUGCCCUGUGGACAGAUCGUAGCUGAGUAUCUUUCUAUCCCCUCUGUGUUUUUCUUGCGUGGAAUUCCAUGUGGUUUAGACUAUAAGGCUCUUCAGUGUCCAAACCCACCUUCUUAUGUUCCAAAGCUAUUCACAACCAAUACAGACCACAUGACAUUUCCACAGCGUGUGAAGAAUCUGUUAUUCAGCUUAUUGGAGAUUCUCCUUUGUGAUUUUGUUUACUCGCCAUAUGCAAAACUGGCCUCUGAAUUUCUCCAGAGAGAGAUAACAGUGACUGAGCUUUUAAGUCAUGGAUCUGUUUGGCUGAUGAGAUUUGACUUUGUGAUUGACUAUCCCAGACCACUGAUGCCUAACAUUGCUAUAAUUGGAGGCAUCAACUGUGCUCAGAAGGAAUUAUCUCAGGAAUUUGAAAGCAUUGUGAAUGCCUCUGGGGAACACGGCUUUGUGGUCUUCUCCUUGGGCUCAAUGGUCUCUGAGAUUCCCAUGAAGAAGGCCAAGCAGAUUGCAGAAGCCUUUGGAACAAUACCUCAGACAGUUCUUUGGAGGUACACUGGAGAAGUACCCCCCAACCUUGCAAACAACACAAAGCUAAUCAAAUGGCUGCCACAGAACGAUCUACUUGCUCAUCCCAAAGCCCGUGCCUUUAUCACCCAUGGAGGCUCACAUGGAAUCUAUGAGGGGAUAUGCAAUGGAGUGCCAAUGGUUCUGAUGCCAUUAUUUGGAGACCAGAUGGACAAUGCUAAGCGGGUAGAGUCCCGGGGUGCGGGAGUGACGCUGAAUAUAGUUGAAAUGACUUCUAAGGACCUAUCGGAUGCAUUGAAUGCAGUGAUUAAUGAUAAAAGCUAUAAAGAAAAUAUCAUGCGUCUCUCAGCCCUUCACCUCGACAGACCUAUCCAUCCCCUUGAUCUCGCAGUGUAUUGGGUUGAGUUUGUGAUGAGACACAAAGGGGCCCAGCAUUUGCGGCCUGCAGCCCAUGAUCUCAACUGGAUCCAGUACCACUCUCUGGAUGUCAUUGCUUUUCUCCUGGCUGUCGUGCUCAUUACCAGCUUCAUCUCUCUGAAGUGCUGCCUGUUCUGCUGCCGGAAGUGUUUCUGUAAAAAAGGAAGAGUGAGCAAAUCGAGCAAAUCAAAGGCAGAGUAAUGAAGGGGUUGGAGAUGGGGCUCAGCUCCAGACCUUGGGGAAUGUAGGGCUUUCCUGAGCGCAGGCCCAGUAAAGUCAUUUCUGGUGGUGAGCUCAGAAAUUAUUCAGAACAUAUUCCUUUUAAAUAGCAGCACCGUGUUUUGCUGUUCCAUGUUUUGAUUUUGUCUCCAAUUAAUUCAGAAUAUUUUUGAAAGCUUUGCUCAAUGCUUGUUUGAUUGUUAAGGAUAAUUCACACCAUAAUGCUAUGGUGUAGUGCUCAGAACAUUAAUGGGACUCCUGGGUUCCAUUUCCUGCUCUGUAGCUCACUCACUAUCUGACUUGGGGCAAGGUUCUUCUCUGUGUCUCAGUUUUCUCAUCCGUGCAAUGGGGAUAACAACAUUUCAACCUUGGUACUACAAUGGUGCCCAUCAUUCUAGUGUGUGAGUGUCUGAUGCAUCAUAUUUAUAAAGCACUUCAAGAUCUUUGGAUGAAAGUUGUUACAUAAGUGCCAAGUGGUGUUUUAAGCGAGGGAUAGAAUGCAGCCUGUUGAUUGGAAAUAGAGAAUGGUAUUUGUUCUGCCCAGGUCAAUCUGUCAUUGUCUGAACUGUGUUUCAAAUACACUGAAUGUGAACAAAUUUGAAAGUAGUAUUGAGCCACCACCACCCAAUCAAGUUUCACCCCAGCUGGAGUACUGAACUUGGAGCAUUGUAGUCAACCGAUUUGAUCUUUGUUCUUGAUAUUCUGUUAAAAAUAAACCAAACAAAAAUCUGUACAAAUAAACCCCAAAUAAUAAGAACAACAAUAACAACAGUUCUCUUUUUUGAUUUGAGAUGUAUGGGCCCCAUCACCUUCACAUGCAGUAAUCUUUGCACUGAGGACUAGCAGUGUUAGGACAGAGAUAUUCAGGCCUGUCUGCAAAGGCCUAUACUUUAAGAAUUUAGGUAUAUUCUUAUCACUUAGCUAGUUAUAGAGGUAUAAAAGAAAGAAUCAAAAAGCACUCUGUAAUGGCCUUCUCUUACUGUGACAGUCUGAGGCCUGGUUCUUCAGCUAAGCAGCCAUAAACUGGGAAAUGUAUGGUCACAUCCUCUCAUUCCAAACUAGUCAUAUUAAAAUAAGGCAAUCUGGGGCUGUUAGGAAGGUGAUUCGAUCUAUCACCUCCAGAGAAAGGGAAGAGCCUAAAACAUGUAAAAGGAAAUUUAGUUUGAUAGUUUUCUGUCUGGUAUGAACUCACUUAUCAAUAGACACAGCUGGAGAACCCUUAUGUCUGUAUAGAUGUAGUUGUGAAAUCCUCACUUCUGUAUUGUUUUGCGUGUUUAUUUGCCUGGUCUCUGUCUGGUUCUGUGAUUGUUUCUGUCUGCUGUAUAAUUAAUUUUGCUGGGUGUAAACUAAUGAAGGUGGUGGGAUAUAAUUGGUUAGCUAAUCAUGGUACAGUAAGUUAGGAUUGGUUAGGUAAAUUUCAGUAGAAUGAUUGGUUAAGGUAUAGCUGAGAAUAUUACUGUAUAAAUUAGGGGCAAACAGGAAGUAAGUUGGGAUUCGAAAAUAAGGAAAAGGAACUUGGAUUUAAGCUUGCUGGAAGUUCACCCCAAUAAACACUGAACUGUUUGCACCUUCGGACUUCGGGUAUUGUUGCUCUCUGUUCAUGCGAGAAGGACCAGGGAAGGGUGAGAGUGAAGG